AUGGGUAAUAUUGACAUAACUGACUAUGCCCCUGCGAUACCACCAAGAACAAGCCGUGGGGGCACGGGCAGAGUUACAGGACCAUCAGUCAACCAGAAUGAUAAAACAUUUAGCCAUGGUUACGCCAGAGAUAGUGAAGAAGUUAAUUCCAAUGAACGGUUGAACUUGGGUCUUGGCAGGAACAGCUGCAUGAUGGAUAUUGAGCAAGAGUGCCCACAAGAGGGAGAGAGGAGCAAUCGAAGGUACCAGUGGGAGAGGCAUAUGGCAAUGAUCGGUGUGCUUGCUGGUAAAACAAUAUUCCAGUCACUUGGCGGUCAGCCCCGUUCACUUGUCCACGAAACAAGUAGGGAAUGGGGUCCUUGGAUAGCAAGAUUCAACAACGAUGGCAAGGGAUUUGGGGUGACCCAGAAAGCAAUUGUGCCCGUGGAAGCAACGAGAGGAGAAUGGCCAGGUAGUUUUCACAUGGUAUAA